AUGGCCAACGACAAACAGCACGAGAACGUUACAAUGUUCCAGUUCUUCGAGUGGUACUCGCCCACCGAUCAUAUGCAUUGGAUCCGUCUCAAGGAACAAGCCAGCCUCCUCAGCUCCCUCGGUCUCUCUGCCAUCUGGGUGCCUCCACCCACCAAAGGUACCUCACCCAACGAUGUCGGCUACGGCGUGUACGAUCUCUGGGACAUGGGCGAGUUUGACCAGAAGGGCACCGUCCCUACCAAGUACGGUACCAAGGACCAGCUCAAGGAGGCCAUUGACGAGUGCCACAAGCACGGUAUCAAGAUCUACUUUGACGCCGUCCUCAACCACAAGGCUUCCGGCGACGAGACUGAGGUUUUUAAAGCCGUUGCUGUUGCUGAGGACGAUCGCACCCAGGAGAUCGAGGACCCUAGCAUGAUUACCUCCUACACAAAGUUCAACUUUCCUGGUCGCAAGGGCAAAUACUCCGACUUUCAGUGGAACCACCACCACUUCUCUGGAACCGAUUGGGAUGCCAAGGCAGAGCGCUCUGCGGUGUUCAAGAUCAAGGGCGAGAACAAGAGCUUUGCCGAGGACGUGGACGGUGAAAAUGGCAACUUUGACUAUCUCAUGUGUAAUAACAUUGACUACUCUCAUCCUGAUGUCGUCGCCGAGACCGAGCGCUGGGCCCAAUGGUGUAUCGACGAGUUCAAUAUUGACGGCUUCCGCAUCGACGCUAUGAAGCACAUCUCUGCCGGCUUCAUCGCACAUCUGCUUUCUCACAUUCGCGGUCAGCUUAACAAGCCCGAUUUCUUUUGUGUGGGGGAGUACUGGAAGCAGGACUUGGAUGAUGUUGAUAUCCAUUUGGACAACAAUGGACACAUUCAUCUGUUUGAUGUACCCCUCCAUUUCAACUUUAAGCGUGCUGGUGAGGAAGGCCCUUCGUUUGAUAUGAGGACCAUUUUUGACGGCACGCUCGUCCAGUCUUCUCCCGAGGCCGCUGUCACCUUCAUCGACAACCAUGAUACUCAACCCUACCAAUCCCUCGAGAGCUUUGUCCCCUCCUGGUUCAAACCCCUGGCCGCAGCCUUGAUCUGCCUGCGAUUCGAUGGAUACCCGUGCUUGUUCUAUGGCGACUUUUACGGUAUCGAGCCCAAAUCCCCCUCCGAGCCCGAGACAGGCGUCCCUGGCCGCAAGGAGAUGUUUUCCCGAAUGCUCCUCGCUCGCAAGCAAUUCGCCUACGGCACCCAGGACGAUUACUUUGACCACGCCAAUUGCAUCGCCUGGGUCCGCCACGGCGACGAGCACCACCCUGGCGGUCUCGCCGUCGUCAUGUCCAACUCUAACACCAAGGGCUAUAAACGCCUCAACGUUGGGCAGCACCGCGCCGGAGAGGUUUGGGUGGACAUGAUGGGGUAUUGGAAGGACCCCGUUACGAUCAAGGAAGAUGGAUCGGGCAAGUUUUAUUGUCAUUCCGGAAGUGUCUCACUCUGGGUGCCCAAGGAAGAAGGCAAGAGCUGGAUUACUUACGAGGAGUCGUCGCCAGAAGAGGCUGAGCGCCAUGGAAACGAGGAGCAGCAUGCGAGAGACCAUGCUCAUGAUGAUGACAGCGAGGACGACAAGGAAGAAGAGAAGGAGUUUGAGGCUGAGCAUCCUGACCUGCCAAAGCCUUUGGACACCUGGGACCAUUUGUUGGAGGAUGACAAACAGGCUCAGCACUAA